AGAAGAUGAACAGCUCACUGUGGAACAGAUUUUUCAGAACAAAAAGGUCCCUUCAUGGAGAGAACAGCUGACCAUUAGAGCCUUUGUGGUGGCAGUACUUCUUUCAAUCCUUUUCAGCUUCAUUGUCAUGAAACUCAACCUCACCACUGGUAUCAUACCUUCCCUCAAUGUCUCUGCUGGACUUUUGGGGUUCUUCUUUGUCAAGACAUGGACAAAGUUCCUUGAGAAGACAGGUUGGCUCAAACAACCCUUCACAAGGCAAGAGAACACCGUCAUUCAGACAUGCGUUGUCGCAAGCGCCGGGAUCUCUUUCAGCGGAGGUUUUGGGAGUUACAUCUAUGGAAUGAGUGAUGUUAUAGCAAAGCAAACAUCAAAUUUUAAUGAUGCUCAAGAUAUUAAGAACCCACAACUUGGAUGGAUGAUUGGGUUUCUUUUUGUUGUUAGUUUCAUUGGGCUCUUCUCUGUGGUGCCUCUUCGAAAGAUCAUGAUCAUUGACUUUAAAUUAACCUACCCAAGUGGCACUGCAACUGCACACCUUAUAAACAGCUUCCACACUCCUAUAGGAGCCAAACUAGCUAAGAAACAAGUCAAGACAUUGGGAAAAUUCUUCACCUUUAGCUUCUUGUGGGGUUUCUUUCAAUGGUUCUUCACAGCAGGGAAUGCUUGUGGAUUUGUAAACUUUCCUACAUUUGGUCUCACAGCCUAUGCUAACACGUUUUACUUUGAUUUCUCUGCAACUUAUAUUGGUGUUGGAAUGAUAUGCCCACACAUCAUAAAUGUUUCUGUUUUACUUGGAGCUAUUCUCUCAUGGGGUAUUAUGUGGCCUAUUAUUGGUACUAAAGCAGGUCAAUGGUAUCCUGCAAACCUCAACCCUAGCAAUGCCAAUGGCCUACAAGGUUACAGGAUCUUCAUCUCAGUUUCCAUGAUCCUAGGAGAUGGUCUAUACAACUUCACAAAGGUACUGAGCCGAACAGUCAUAAGCAUAUAUCAAGAAAUUCGUGACAAAAGAAAUGCAGCUCUCCCUGUUGCCGAACGCGAUUCACCUGCAAGCCCAACUCCCUUGUCUUAUGACGAUGAACGGCGAACCAAACUCUUCCUUAAAGACCAACUUCCAACAUGGGUUGCAUUAGGAGGCUAUCUAACUAUUUCUAUUAUCUCCAUUAUUACACUUCCAUACAUCUUCCCCCCUCUCAAGUGGUACUAUAUAAUAGUCAUCUACAUUUUUUCACCUAUUCUAGCAUUUUGUAAUGCAUAUGGGUGUGGCCUCACUGAUUGGUCCUUAGGCCCUACAUAUGGGGCAAUUGCCAUUUUUGUAAUUGGUGCUUGGGCUGGGGCAUCACAAGGAGGGGUAAUUGCAGGUCUUGCAGCAUGUGGUGUCUUGAUGAACAUUGUUUCCACUGCAUCUGACCUUACACAGGACUUCAAAACAGGGUACCUGACCUUGGCUUCACCAAGGUCAAUGUUUGUAAGCCAAGUGAUUGGGACUACAAUGGGUUGUGUUAUCUCCCCUUGUGUCUUCUGGAUCUUCUACAAGGCUUUCACUGAUCUUGGUCAACCUGGUUCACAAUACCCAGCUCCUUAUGCAUCUGUAUUUCGAAGCAUGGCUAUGCUUGGUGUUGAAGGGUUCUCUGCUCUACCAACCCAUUGCCUUCAACUCUGUUGUGGGUUCUUUUUUAUAUCAAUUUUGAUAAAUGUAAUCAGAGAUUCCUUAGGGAAGAAGUGGUCUCAGUAUAUCCCUUACCCAAUGGCCAUGGCAGUACCAUUCUACAUUGGAUCUUACUUCACAAUUGACAUGUGUGUUGGAAGCUUAAUAUUAUUUGUUUGGCAGAAGGUAAACAGGGUUAAAGCAGAUGCAUUUGGGCCUGCAGUGGCAUCUGGUUUGAUUUGUGGUGAUGGGAUAUGGACUUUGCCAAGUUCUAUACUUGCUUUGGCUGGGGUGAAUCCACCUAUCUGCAUGAAGUUUCUGUCAAGAUCAACAAAUACCAGAGUUGAUGCUUUCUUAUUGGGUUCUUAAGCCACCCAACCUUUGUUAAUUUGUAAGUGUUG